CCCCUCCCGCGCGCGCCGCCCGCCCCCGACCCUCACUCGACGAAUCUCUCGUCGACGCCGGCAAACUCGAACGACCUCUUUUUGCUAACUAACGUCUCACCCGCGAUCGUUUCCCGCCGCGAAACUGCGUUCGAACUCGAUAUCAAUUGCAGCCAACGGACAUUCAUUUGUUUAAACUUUUAAAAAGUUAUGAACCGGAGCGGAGUUUAUAUAAUGUAGCGCUGCUGUAAAAACUUUUGCAAAUAGAUAAGACGCUCGAAAGUGCGAUGCGGGUAAACGCGUGCGGAUGCGGGCGAGCAUGGCCGGGAGCGUUACCUGCUGCGUAGGCGCGGGUCAGAAUGGAUUGUUGCAAUUACGGGGAGUACCGCGGGCAGGCGCAGUACGGCGCGGGCGCAGGUUGGGACUAUCGCCAUGGGUACCCGCCUACGCCGUACGUGCCCUAUCCGCACACGUACUAUCCACACGCGCACGAUUACGCGCGCUACUAUCGAUAUGACUACCCGCCGCAACCUAUGCACCAUGCUGAUCAUGUUAUGCCUACGGAUUACGGUGCAUAUGCGCUGAAAGACGCACGUGCGCGGCGAGCGCUCACGCGGAGGGAACAACGCGCUCACCCCACUUUGCAGCAUUUUCCUGUCUCACAUACGCCACCGCUAGAAUGUGGGAUGAAUAGUCGCGGACACGCUUACUGCGAGCCGCAAAUGUGGUCACACUAUCAGAUGGGUGUUCUAGCAGGGAACGGUUGGAACGGCACCAACGGUGGCAUGUGGUCUUCUCGGGUCCCCAAUAAUAUGUGUUCACGAGAACCUAUGCGUUAUGGACCGGACUGCCGACUAAUGAAGAACUCUCAGAAUCAUAAUGCGGCACAUGACGGACGCUCGACUCCAUACCCCGUGUACGAUCAGUCGACGUACGAAAAAGGCUGCAAGAGUGGUAUUGGAAAUAAGUUCCCGAUACAGGGCACACCGUCGGCAGAUUUCACGCAGCCGGUCCGCGAGAGCCCUUCCGCUAAGCCCCGCUCUCCCCCUGCAGAGACGCGGCCGCCCGUGGUGCCAUUGCCGGCCUUCCAGCAAGCGUUCGGCUCCACCGAAAUAGGAAAAUUUGCAGAAGCUUUCAGCCGCACUGAAAUUACACACGAACCAGACGAAUCGUGUGAUAAUUUCGUCUAUGAACCAUUUAAUGAAUGGGACGGGUCGCCCGAGCCGCAAUGGGCUCCACCCGCAACUAGAGAAAUUAAAUGCGAAGACAAUUUUUAACGAAAAUGAUGUUUUCGCUCUAGGUAAUUUUUGGGUGAUGUCACCCUUAGGAAAAUGAACAACUUUUGGUUCGAGCACCACGUUGCCAAAGCGAAAAUUGACGUCAUUGAUAUAUUAUAUUCGAUGUCGUCGAAAUAGUUAUGUGAUAAAAUAUAGUUAAAUGUGUACGAGAAAGAAUAUAAUAGCGAUGUGACAUUUAAUUUAAUUUAUAUACUGACUUAGGAUGAGGAUAGAUUAUAUUACAUAAUGAAUAUUAUUAUAAAUUAUUUCAUUUAAUUGAUUUUAAAAGAACUACAUCGUUGGUAUGGAGGUUGGAUUUGGGAUAUUUCUUAUCAUUUAGAUAUUGCAAAUUAUAAUGCAAAAUGUAGUAGGAAUGAGAAUCAUAAAUCAAUGUGCCUUUAUUCGGCGAAUUGAGCCGCUGGUCGCGCGGCGUCCCCCGCCCCGUUCCAUCGUUACAGAUAUCAUAAAUUUAUUAUUUACAAUAGUAAUUAUAGGGACCAAAGUUUAGAAAAAUAUACAUGACCUGUCGCGUGAGACAUCUGUACGCAAUAAGCUCAACGAAUAGCAAAUUUUAAACAAUCAGGAAAUUUUACAAAAUUUAUAGAGAUUAAUAAUAUUGUCGCUAGAUAAUGUAAUGCAUAAUACUUAAUAUAAUAAUAUUAAUCAAAAAUAUUUAAGAUA